ACUCCGAGGCUGCGGCGACGAUCGUAUGUGUCUCUGAAAACUUUCUCUUUUUUUUCGUGCCGUUCAAAACAUAAACAACCAAAUUUUCGGUGGCUUCUCAUAGCGAUAAAUUUAAUUAUUAAUUUAAAAAACUGAAUUAAUGAGUAAUAAUUAUUGGUUGGAAAAUUGUCCAUGUUUAUUUUUAAAAGUGAAAACACUGAUUUAUUGUGGCAAUUCGGAGCUUGAGGAGCCAUGUGAUAUUGUGGAAAUAUCUGGAGAUUAAAAGAAACAGAGAAAGAAUGUCUCGAAGAGUUCAAUGGACCUCUAUACUCGCUGCACUGAUGAUACUCACGGUUGUAGCUGCAGAUGAAGGAACAAAUACAACAAGUGCAUCGAUAAGUUGUGAGGAUGCUAGAGUUAAAUGUGCGUACAGAACCGGAUGUGGUGCUGCACUCCAACAAUACGUCACAAAUUGUGCAACUGAUCUUCGUGGCCGUGUUACCAGUUGUCCGGAGACCUGUUUGCUUGCCCUCAUUGCAUUAAUGAGUACUGAUGAGGGAAAACAAUUAACGAGCUGUACAUGUGAUGAAAGUGAUAACAUGUGCAUUAAAUCCAAACAAAGAGUCGAAGUCUGCAGAGUGUCAGUAUUAAGUGCAUUGAAUAAAACUAGAGUAUCUUGCAAGAUAGCAACGACUAUUUGCAACGCCGAUACAAUGUGUUCAACCGCUCUUUCAUACUAUCAUCUCCAUUGUCGGAGUAUGAUUCAUGGAAGGAAAUGUACUCAUAGGUGCAAAAAUUCAAUUGACAUCCUAUCUCGUCAGGAGAAGGCCGCAAAACUCAAUACCUGUAUAUGCGAUGGUGCUGAGGCCUACGAGUGUCAAGCAAUUCAUCGUAACAUGAAUUACUUGUGCUUCGGAAAAAAUCAUCAUGAUUAUCACGAGGUGAAAAGCACUGUGCACGACACUAGGACAAAUGAAGUAUCGAGGAUUGGUAACGACAUGUCUGCUGUUGGAUGUAGUGCAAUUGCUCAACUGCACUUGAUCCUCGGGCUUAUUCUCAUUGUAUACAUCUCACAAGACUGAUGAGUGAACCGAAGCCCAGCAGCAUUCAAAAACAGUAUUCCGCGUGUCAACGACCAAAGACCCUAAAUGCUUACCAUUCGGUGCAAAAAUGAACGAGUGCAAUCGUUCCAUAGACUUUUUCUCUUCUUUUUGUUUCUUUUUGUUUUCGUUUUUUAUUAUGAAAUCCGAAAGACUGCCUUUUUCGCAGAAUAACGACAGUUAUUUCAGUAGUAAAAUCAUAAAACGGUUUGACUCGGUCAUAAAAUUACCAACAAAGUGGUAAAACGAUAAAAGUCACACUUGACAUUUUUGUUAAUUAUGCGUUUGUCUCGAAAGACUUUGCGGGUAAAUGUUCCAAACUCGUAAAAUUAUUCAACAAAAAUAGUUACUUACAAUUUCUAGUGAACCACCCACUACCGAAUAAUUCCAUAAUUAACGAGGAUCGUAUGACCUAUUCACUGCUAGCCUUGUUAAUUAUGUAAUUGCACACAUUUCUAUUGACCAGUACUAGAUGAAUAUCUCGAAAUCUAGAAGAGAUACAAAAAGUUCAUGAGGAAUGUUUUUGUAGAAUCAAUUAAGGGCCAUAAGAAGGAUCGUGAGAAAAAUUUUACUGUCUCCGAACGAUUCUGAGAUAUUCGUUAAAACUAUUGCUGAGCCAAGUGGAACAAUUUACACGUUGAAAAAUAUGUUAAAAAAUAUAUUGAAUUGGCUCAAAUCAUAUAUAUUUUCUACACAUUUUUUUCCUAGUGGUGGCUGCAGAACUGUAGAAAAAUAUUGCUUAAUUAUGUGAUAAUUAAUUAAAAAUCAAAAGUGGCAAAUUGCCGUCCUCCAUCGGCGCAGGCAGACUUUAUCAUUAGGUCCGCGUGUGUGACGUCAUUAGCGAUUUGAAAAUCUUCAAAUAUUCGACUUUAAAUGAUUAAUUAUGACACAAUGAGGCGUAUUGUUAAGUUUAUGAAUGAAAAAAAAGCAUCAUUCAGUCCGAAACUUAAGAUUCAAGAGUUCUAAGAAAUCAUGAAAUUGCCUGGCAUCGGAACGUUUUUUGUUGUCGAAGAAAUUAUCCGCAAUAAUUACUCCUGAGAUUUCUCCUGAAAUUCUCAAUUACCGAGAUAACCCCAUAAUUACCUUGACUCAAAAAGUGUCACUCCUUUCUUCUGUGUAAUUUCUUCAUUCGUCCAGAAGAUAUUUCAAAUUCUCCGAUACUCAAUUCUGCGCUGUACAUUAGCUGUAUCAUAGAGUCUAUUAAUAGUUAUAAUUUUUCAUUAAUUUAUAAUACGUGUUUGAGUGGUUGAAUAUCUGAAUACGAAAGGUGUAAAUAAAUUUGAUGUUAUUUGUAAAAUAUUAGAAUCAGUAGAAAAUUUUCACGUUGAGUGGGAACGAGUGACCAUGAUGAGCAAUAAAAGAUGGUUUUUUUAAAAAACAUUUACUUGAUAUUUUGACGGAUUUGUUAAUAAAAAAAUUGACAAUACCGAGGA